AACGCGCGUCACUGUUCCGCGCGAGGCUGCCCUGAAGUGAAGCUCGUGCACGCGUCUUCCUCGGGCUAGCUGUUUGCAAGCUAGAAAACUUCACUUUUUCACAAAUUUCAGUUGUCAUGGUCCGUCUUUUUGUCUUUGCAAGACGACUUCAAGGUGUGUAUUGACGACUUACGCGACCAUCGCACACUUAUUGGAUCUUAUUUGGGCUAAAGCUGUUUCCCAUCAGUGAGGCACCCUGUAACCACUCACAUUAUGAAAUCAAACCAGUGAAGUCAUUUGCAGACUCUCUUGGCAAAUGUCACACAGGCCUGAAUGGGCUCUAUGGAGAGAAAACCUGAGAUCUGCAGCCAGUUCAUGCCACGGCGCAACUCUUUGAGGAAAACAACUGCAGAAAUUGUCAGUGAAGCCAGACAGUCCCUUCGAGUCCAGUCCACCCAGCGACCAUUUACACCCAGAGAUGGACACAGGCAACUUUUUGGAAAGAGCUUUGUUUACCGUGACAACAGACCUCCGUCAUCUUUUAGUCUUCAUGCUCAAAAUUUUGAUGCUCCCGACUCCAGGCCAGGUUCAGGGACUCGCCUCUCUCCUCUGGACCAUAAGCCAAAGUUUCCAGUCCCCUGCGAUGCUGACGAUCCGUUCAAGGCCUUUCCCAAACCCCCCACUGACCCACUGGAAGUGAAGAGGGGGUUGGCAGGGGCACGAGCACGCCUCCUCAGGGCUGGAUCUCUCACCAUGUUGCCUCCUGCAGAGGGACACACAGAUGGCAAAGACAGAUUGGAUCCAGGCCCAGGACAAAGGCAACUGUCAGCUAAACGACUAGACCACACCGAGGUCCGCAGUGGUCCCUACAUCACUGGCCCACGCAGAGCAGCAAGUGAAAGUAGAAUAAUGCAGCCUGCUGAUGACUCAGGAGUUGGACCCACAGAGUGCAGAGCGAGGCGGAGAACAGGCCCGUGGAAUGGAGACAACACCAAAAGCACAGAGGAGGAUGCAGAGUCAUUGGUGUGGAAUAAUAAGAUCGCUCCUCUUAUCCAACAGCUAGAGAGCGUGGCUGCAGGCAGGUCUGAGGGCUCGGUGGAGCGCCUGUGUGAUUUGUGUGACCGUCUCCAUGGCACCUUGGCAGAAGCAGACAUGCUCGGCCGAUGCUGUAAGAGGAGGUCAGGGAUACUUCGAACUCUGUUCCGCCUCAUUGACCUCAACUCUGCCCAGCUCAACCUGCAAAUCUCCAAGCUCUGCCUUGCUUUGUGUGUCAGUGGAAACAACCUGCUCAACAUCUGUAAGCUCAUCUUCCAGAUCAGUCGCAGUGAAAGCAACGACAUGCUCUUCCAGAACAACUCUAUCAUAGACCAGUUGCUGGGCAUUUUGAGCAAUGAGGAUGUGUCUGCAUCUGGAGAAGCUUUGCUGUACUGUGUUGGGACUCUGAAAUUUCUCUCAGGAAACAGUGAAAUCCUCAGACUAAUGCUGGACAAGAACUGUAUGGGUGUGGCUCAGAAACUCAUCCAGAAGCUCUGCACAGCAGAGGACAGUAAAUUUACUGGAUACAUCCUCGUACAGCUGACGGCGACUCUGAGGAACCUUGCAGAUCCCCCUGAUUCCCGUCCACUCUUCAUCUCCUUCUCUAUCCUAUCGGAGCUCUGUCUGGUGCUGCGUCACCACCUCAAAGACCAGGACAUCUGCACCAACAUUUCCAGAAUUUACAGCAAACUCUCCUCUUACUCUGAGUGCCGCCUCGCUCUGGCCCAGACCCCCGACUGCUACCAACUAUUUUUAGAACUGCUGAGCAAACACCACCAAAAACAGGACCUUGUCGUGCGCCUUCUUUUCACCCUCGGGAACAUCACAGCCAAAAUCGACGAGGCUCGGCAGCAGCUCUUUCAGUGCGAGGGCUGCAUGGUGACACUCCUGCAGCUGUACGACGCCUACCAGCGCAGAGGCGACUCACCGCACACCCCUUUGCGGAAAGGUGUCCCAUCCGCCAACAACGUGCAGGAGGAUGAUGAUGUGCUGGUGAAACUGGUCAGGGUGCUCGCGAGCAUGUGCAUCCACCCAGAUGUUGGCCCAGCUCUGGCAGCCAACACAACCUGCAUUCAGCUGUUGAUGGAAACGCUUGAGCUGAGGUCAGCGCAGGAAAGCGAGGAGCUGCUGGUGAAUGUGGCUACCACCAUCAACAACCUGUCCUUCUACCAGGACGAGAGCUCCGUACUCAGACACAGUCAGCUCACGAUCUCAAAGUUGAUGUUGAAGUUGAUGCUCAGCUCCAGCGUGGACGCCAUGCUUGAGGCCACCCGUGUGUACGGAAAUUUGUCACAGUCCAAGGCUGUACGGGACUUCAUUAUGCAAAACAAUGUGCACCGGUUUGUAGUGACGCUGCUCGACUCAAAAAGCACUGAGAUGUGUUUUUCAGCCUGCGGGGUCCUCACCAACCUGACUCAGGACCCUCCAAACAGGGUCAGACUCUCACUAGAGGGGGCUGCUUCCAAACUUGUGGACUGUCUGAGAGACUUGGGACCAGGUGAUUGGCAGCUGGCGGGCCAGGUUUGUCAGGUGCUGUGGAACCUGACCGGCAGCGGUGCAGAAAAGCUGCUGGACACACAGGAGAGGGAGUCACUGCUGGAGAUCCUGGUUACAUAUUUAGAUGAAAAGGAGGCUCUGAGGUGGAUAGAAAAUGAAGAUGUGAGGGACUUCCACAGGGCAUGCUGGGAGCUAGAGUUCCAACCUGUAGCUCAGAAACUGACAAAGAUGCUCCAGCCUCUGGACCGGACAGCCUGACAAACUGCAGUUAAGGUUUGCUAAACAACUGUUUUUAAAGCACUAAUCUAAUGGGUUUCAAGGUUUUUAGUUCUUGACUGAUCCCAAGACAAAACACCCUUAAAAACAUCUCAAACUACAGCUGCAGCGUAGUUUACUUCUCCACUGCUCAAGUGUGAUCAAAACGGUCAUCAUCUCACGCAGCUGUGGCUAAAUACUCAACAUUCAAGCUCAAUAUCGAUGCUACUUUUUAUUAAGGAUUAAGUUACAAACUUUUUACGUCCAGUUUUAAGGCCUACAGAUGAUGAGUGUGUCAUAGUCAAAACAACAGUUUAUGUGGCCAGUAAAGGUAAAUAUGAGAGACCUGCUGAAAUCUGAAUGAAAUAGUAAGAAGAAAUUACCACAUUGUUAUUCAGUUCUUUAUACUUGAAUAUUUUCGUUUUAAUUCAAAUUUAUUUUCAUUUAUUUAUUUUCUUGGCCUACUUUGGCAUUUCUCAAAACCUACAGGGAUAUUUUUUUAUUUCAUUUUUUUUAAAUUUUGUUUUUUCAAUCCUAUGCACUUUAACUCCCUUAAAGCUUGCAGAAGCCUUCAUUUCUGUGUAUCUCCAUACACACACACAGGGUUGAUUUGCUACAAGCUCUUUGUGUGUUUAUGUAACAGACAUGGGCUGUUUUGUCAGUACACUGUGUUGUAAAAGUUCUUUUAUGAUAAUGGUGUCUGGAAAACAGAUGACCGAUCUGGAAAUUACCUCAUAAGGAAAUCUUUUAUUGUCUGUGGAUUGUGUGGCAUUGGAACUUGUACAUAAUAAAAUAGAAGAAAGUGGAAAAAAAACAUUUUUUUCUUCUCAUAGCCUUUAUUGUUACACAGAUAUGGGGCCAGGCAGUGCUUGCAAGUUACACCAAAUAGCCUAAAGUACAGCAUCUCAAAAUCACAUUGUUAUUACAUCGAAACAAAUCAGAAACGGCACUUAAUGUAUAAACCCUCUGUGUCAGUCCCCCCCACACCAGUUUUCACACACAAGUGACCUUUAAACAACCACAAGACAAGCUGAUGUUUCAAAAAAACAAACAAAAAAAAACCUAACAAACAUUGUUCUCUACAUAGAAGUUAUCAGGCUGAUAUGAAAGAGAGUUAGCUGGCUGAUAUCAAGGUUGUUUAAUAACGGUCUCCUACUUCCAUAUAUUGUCUGGGAAAGCCACUGAAACGUGAAGGCAGUUUGGUCAGCGGG